AAAGCUUUGCUUGCUUCAUCAUUCAUCACCACCAUCUUCUUCAUAUUCUUCUGCUUCUCACACAGAUCUUCACUUCACCUUUCAGUUUCUCAACCAACACCUUCUUUUCCUCUUUCUUCAUACAUUCUCUUCAUAAAAAUCUUUUCUUUUUCCCCAAAAUUUUCUGGGUUUUAGUGUUUUACUUGUUGAUCUGUUGGAACUACUGAGAGGGGUGGUUUUGGAAAAUCUGGUUUGUGGGUUUUGCUUGGAUCGAGAAAAAGACUCGAACUUUGCAGAUUGUAAACGAGGUUGUGGCGAAAAUGUGGAUCUUGUAAAAGCUGUUGAUUUGAUCGAGAGAGAGAAAAGAAAAAACAUUUUUUUUUCAGCUCCAGGUGGUUCUGCUUUUUCCUCUAUCAGUGUAGAAGGUUAAGGUUAGAAGUUGUUUAAAGUGCAUAAGGUUGAUAAAGUCUUCCUGGAGCUGAGUGGACUGGAUUCAAUCUUCAGAUAUAUUCAGAAAAGGCACAAACAUCAUUGAAAGUGGAAGACGUUUUCGUUACUUCAAGUUCUCUUUUAGCUUAUCAUAAUGGGGAUUCAGUGCUCCAGACUUGUCCCAUGUUGUGUGAAUUCACAAGUCAAGGCAUCUGCUCUUGAAACUCCAGAUGCUGAAAAUGAGGAUAGAAGUGAGGCCAGUAACUGGCCUACAUUCCGUGAAUUUACACUUGAGCAACUUAAGAAUGCAACAUCUGGUUUUGCUGUCGAGAAUAUUGUAUCUGAACAUGGAGAAAAGGCUCCAAAUGUUGUUUAUAGAGGGAAGCUGGAGAGUCAAAUGAGGAUUGCUGUUAAGCGAUUUAAUAGAAAUGCUUGGCCUGAUUCUCGGCAGUUUUUGGAGGAAGCAAGAUCAGUUGGUCAGCUUCGUAACCAAAGAUUGGUGAAUUUGCUUGGUUGUUGUUGUGAAGGAGAGGAGAGGUUGCUUGUGGCAGAGUAUAUGCCUAAUGAAACACUUGCAAAACAUCUUUUCCAUUGGGAAACACAACCUAUGAAAUGGGCAAUGCGACUAAGGGUCGUCCUACAUCUUGCACAAGCUCUAGAGUACUGCACAAGCAAAGGGCGUGCUCUCUAUCAUGACCUUAAUGCAUAUAGAGUUCUUUUUGAUGAGGAUGGUAAUCCUAGGCUUUCAAGUUUUGGCCUUAUGAAAAAUAGCAGGGAUGGGAAAAGUUAUAGCACAAAUUUGGCAUUUACCCCUCCAGAGUAUCUCAGAACUGGGAGAGUAACACCAGAAAGUGUAAUAUAUAGCUUUGGCACUCUUUUGCUUGACCUUCUUAGUGGGAAGCAUAUCCCCCCAAGUCAUGCCCUAGAUUUGAUUAGGGACCGAAAUCUUCAGAUGCUGACAGAUUCUUGUUUGGAAGGACAAUUUUCUGAUGAUGAUGGAACUGAGCUGGUACGCUUGGCAUCUCGAUGUUUGCAGUAUGAACCUAGAGAACGGCCUAAUUCCAAAUCAUUGGUGGCUGCAUUGGCUCCUCUUCAGAAGGAAACAGAGGUUCCUUCACAUGUAUUGAUGGGCAUCCCACAUAGUGCCACUUUUGCUGCAUUAUCUCCACUUGGUGAAGCAUGCUCAAGAAAGGACUUGACUGCCAUACAUGAAGUUCUGGAAAAUACUGGCUAUAAAGAUGAUGAAGGAGUAGCUAAUGAGUUAUCAUUCCAGAUGUGGACUGAUCAAAUGCAGGACACAUUAAAUUGUAAGAAAAGGGGGGAUGCUGCUUUCCGACAGAAAGAUUUCAGACAAGCUAUUGAGUGCUACACACAGUUCAUUGAUGUUGGAACAAUGGUUUCUCCAACAGUCUACGCACGACGCAGUUUGUGUUAUCUCAUAAGUGACAUGCCUCAGGAAGCGCUGAACGACGCAAUGCAAGCACAAGUCGUUUCCCCGGUAUGGCACAUUGCAUCUUAUCUUCAAUCGGUUGCCCUUGCAGCAGUUGGGAUGGAGAAUGAAGCUCAUGUAGCACUUAAAGAAGGCACUACACUGGAAACGAGGCGUAACUCAACUGCUAAAAGAAAGUGAAGACUUUGUACAGAGAGAGACAAUUUCUUCCUGAUUGUGUUCUGCUUGAUGACUACACCCACAAAAUUGAUUAUAAGUUUCACUUUUGCAUGUGUUUGAAGACUUCCUCUAGAAACAGUGGUUGGAUGAGUGUUGGUAACACCCCCUCCCCCUUUUUUAUUGGGUCGGCUAGGAUGUUUAUUUAGUUCCAUGAUUUGAUUGAUUGAGCAUGAAUCCAAAAUUUAGCAAAAUUUUCCUUUGUCUUUUCAUUUAUUAAAGGUUGAAUGUGAAGAGUGAAAAGCUGUGUACUUUGUGUUGGAAUGCCAAGCAAGAGUUGCUUUCUCUCAGCGGGUUUUGGACUCUAGAUUUGUGUUCAUUUUCCUAUAUGUUGUGAACUAUUAUAUAUAACAUGGUUGAAAUUCUGUUGAA